ACUAAUCAAAUUCUUGCCAUUCUCCUCAUUCAUGGUGCCUAUUAGAGGCCUCACUUAAUAUUCACUUGAAAAAUAUCCAAUCUUUCCAAGGAGACGCCACGGUAAUGGCACUUGUCAUCUACUGGUACGAUUUCAUUUGUUUCGGCAUUGUAGCGGCGGCAUUCAUUGGUUCUUUAUGGGUUCUAUGGAGAAAGGAGCUUUCAUCUAAAUACGACUCUAAUACUGUCUAUGAGAGCCUCCUUUUGACUCGACCCAACUCUAAUGGGUUCGCAGACGCUGUGCCCAAGAAUCACGUUGGCUCGUCCCAGUUAUGGACCAGUUGCUGGAGAGGGCUUCACCCUGCUUGGCUUUUGGCUACUCGUUUCACUUCCUUUCUUGUUAUGGGCGGCUUUCUACUGUGGGAUAUUGAGGAAUGGGGAGCCACCAUUUUCAUGUAUUACACCGAAUGGACAUUUGCAUUAGUUAUGGUAUAUUUUGCGAUUGCCACCGUCACAUCUGCGUAUGGAUGCUGGAUUUCAUCCAUGCAAAUUCCUUCUGAAAUUUUUAGAACAGAUGUGGAAGAAAGUACAACUGCCAGCCCUAUAACUUACAAGGAAAUAGUGGCUAAGGGGUCUAUAAAGUUGCAGAGUCAUUACGCUGAAGAGGCAAUCAGAUUAAGAGCUGGAUUUUGGGGAUAUUUCAUGCAAACUAUUUAUCAGACUUCUGCAGGUGCUGUCAUCUUAACAGAUAUUGUAUUUUGGUGUAUUAUAGUCCCAUUUGGAUCAAAUGCACAUCUUGGACUCAAUGUGCUGAUGGGUUGCAUGCACACUCUGAAUGCAGCGUGUCUUUUGCUGGACACUGCUUUGAAUAGCCUCCCAUUCCCUUGGUUCCGGGUGGCCUAUUUUGUACAGUGGAGUUGUAUCUACGUUGUUUUCCAAUGGGUGAUUCACGCCUGUGGCUUUACAUGGUGGCCAUACCCAUUCCUCGAGCUCGACAUAGCAUGGGCUCCCUUGUGGUAUUUUGCCCUGGCUGUGGUUCACAUCCCCUGUUAUGGGAUAUAUGCUCUGAUUGUCAAAGCAAAAAAUUCGACUUUUCCAAGAUGGUUCCCUCAUGCUUUUGUAAGAUCAUACUAGUUUCUAUUUCUGAAAAUUGAAUUGUUCUAAUGGUGGUUUUGGUUUUGCUUUUAUACUUCUGUAUAUGAAGGAGAGUGUGUUCAUCCAAUCCCUCCCUGAAAUUGUGGUUGGUAUAUCUUGUUCCCCAUUAUACAAUUGGAGAAAUUGCACGCGUAUUCAUGUCAUACUGUUGUAUUACAUUGUUAUGGUGUGUGCCAAUUAUUGUACAAGUUUAUUGAAUCUGACAAAAUUUGGAUUUCUGAAUAA